AUGGUCCUUUCGCAGCCCCCAAAUCAACAUAUCACCAAAGCAUUCGACUUGACCGGCAAGGUUGCCAUCGUGACAGGUGGUGCUCGUGGUAUUGGUCUUGAGGUCUCUCGUGGCCUAGCUGAAGCUGGCGCAAAUAUUGCGAUUAUCUAUAACACCUCCAAAGAUGCCGAGAAGGUUGCUGCAGAGAUUGCAUCUACAAACAACGUGAAGGCAGCCGCGUACCAAGCCAAUGUGACCAGCCAAACCACCAUCGAGAGCACCAUUCAGCAAAUUGCAAAGGACUUUGGCAAGCUGGACAUUAUAAUCUGCAAUUCCGGAAUUGUAUCAUCUAUUGCAGCUGAGGACUAUACGGAAAGUGCAUGGCGGGAUAUCAUGCAAGUCAAUCUGGAUGGAGCCUUUUACUCUGCUCAGGCCGCUGCACGUAUCUUCAAGGAACAGGGCCAUGGCAAUGUCAUCUUUACUGCAUCUGUCAGCGCGACGCUGGUCAAUGUUCCUCAGAAACAAGCUGCCUAUAAUGCAUCCAAGGCGGGCGUGGUUCAGCUGGCCAAGUGUUUAUCCGUGGAAUGGGUGGACUUUUGCCGAGUGAACUGCAUCUCUCCUGGUUUCAUCACCACCGAAAUCCUUGAUAUCCAUCCUAAGGAGUGGCAUGAGAAGUGGUACAGCAUGAUUCCGGCUAAGCGCAUGGCUCAUACUUAUGAGCUCAAGGGGGCAUAUGUCUUCUGCGCCUCAGAUGCCUCGAGCUACAUGACGGGUGCUAACAUUAUUAUUGAUGGUGGUUACACCUUACCUUGA